AUGGUAGCGUCAGGAAAGACGGGGUUGCAGGAGUCAUAUAGGCUACCGAAACGGAAAAGGACUAGGAUGACGAACUGUACUUAUAACGCACGUACGCUUGCAUUGGAAGCGGCCAUCGAAGAUCUGAUGAUGCAAACCAAGAAGAUUAAGUACGACGUCAUCGGAGUGACCGAGACGAGACGACGUCACCCUCUCAACGCCGUAUAUGAAACUGGAGAAGAACUGUUUUUAGGAACAUGCGACAGUAGAGGUGUUGGUGGAGUUGGCGUCCUCGUCAACACGAAUGUGGCAAACAAAAUCGAUUCUUUCGAACAACUUACGACCCGAAUCGGACGUCUGUGGAUGAGGAGAUGUGGUCCAACCCCAGCUUUCUUGGUCGCUUACGCUCCAACAUUAAGCUACGAAGAAGAAAUCGAAGCUUUCUAUAUGGACCUGGAGAAGUUCUACCCAGAAGAUCAUACCUUCUACAAGGUCAUAAUUGGCGAUUUCAACGCCAAAGUUGGUCCAAGAAGAGCGCCGGAGGAACUUCACAUCGGGACCCACGGCCUACAAUGGAAUGACAGGCUCUCCGAGUUCAUCAUGACUACUAAGACCAUCCAUGGGAACUCGCAAUUCGAGAAGCCCUCCUCUCUACGCUGGACGUGA